UUUAGGUGAAAAUAUAUAAAGAUGCUGACUUUAUUUAAUACAGACUAGAACUGAUUAAUUAAUGCACGUGUGACUUAUAGCGCGAGCAAUUAGCUUCUCCUCUGUUCUCUGAUUCCUCCCAAGGCCCUUCAUCUCGGUAUUCGUGCUGCCCUCUCAUUGGUCGGGCUAGUUCUGCCUUGUACUCCUUAGAUGCCGCCACAAUUGAAUUUAAUUGGCGCCACCUAACAGAACAGCUCCGUGUUUUCAAGCCUUGAGUCAGUCUGUUGGAUUCGGUGUUCCUCACAUCUGCGAAUUGUGUUUGCGAGCACAAAAGAGGAGAAAAAAGUAUACAAGCACAUUCACUUCCCUCUGACGCGACUGUGUACGAGCCGAGUGCGAGCAAUGAGCGAUCGCGAUUCGUAGCCUGUCACUUUUCUAACCUUUCUACCGCUUCGCGUACCGCGUACACGGAUGUCCCGGCGUUUCUGGCGGAGUGACUGGUGCGAUAGUAGAUUACCGGCGAUUUAAUCGCGCGAGAAGAAUAAUAUGAUGUCGCGGUCAGUGCGCGCAGAGACUCGUAGUCGUGCCAAGGAUGAUAUUAAGCGCGUGAUGCAAGUAGUCGAUAAAGUUCGCCAUUGGGAAAAGAAAUGGGUUACUAUAGGAGAAACGACUAUGAAAAUAUACAAAUGGGUUCCUAUCGCGACACUUGAUCAGAAGAAGAAAGGAAAGACAGUUUCCGAUAAAGAGAACGGAUUACCAAGAAAAGGAGGAAUAGACUCGUCAAAUUCAAAUUUUGGAUUGACAGAAGAUUCUAACACGUGUUUUUCAACUGUUAGCGAUUCACAAGGACUGACGGAUUUCUCUGCACAUUUGGGCUUCUCGGAGGAUUCGAACUCGCAAAACAGUGAACCCACACCCAAGAGAUUAAAGACUGACUAAUAUUUGACCCACAAUCAACAGCACCGUCAUUAUUGUACAGUGAUCGACGCAUUUAGGCAUCGCUACGUCUCUUGUGAAUUUGCACUUAAUGAUUUUGCGUAAAAUCAUACCUCUUCGCAUGGAUAACUCGCAAGAAAGGUUUCUCUUUUCUAUUUCAUCCAAAUUUAGUGAGAUCUAGGGGUAAUAUAUAUAUAUAUAUAUAUAUAUAUCUAUAAACACACAUACACACACACAUACCUGCACACUAUACACACACACGUACACACAUACACGUACAGUACGAAUAGUGUCAGUCCUAUGGAGCGUUUUGAAUUAUGUAUAAUGGAGUUUAUUUUUUUACAUAUGAAUUUAUUACAAAUUUCCUCAUUGAAUUUAGGAACUAGAAACGACCUGCUAAUUGUAUAGAAUAAAAUCUGCCGAUGCCCAAUCCGUUUGUCAGACCUCGGUUUUUAUUUGUUUUUAUGUACUUCUGAAAUUUAGAAGUGCCAGAUUUUGAAGUCUUAAUGAACUCUGAAAGCGAUGAAAGUUGAGAGAGCGGAUUGUACAUUCGCAGCAACUAUGUAGCGACAUGUUGCAGUAUUAUUUUCUUUUUUAAUCUUUUUUUUUUCUCGCGGUGUACUACUUUUAACGAUCGGCGCUACGUCAGGGAAUAUCGCGCAAUACUCGAAUGCUAUUAUAAUCAUUUCUGCUAUAAGUCAGUCGCUGGAAAAAAGCACAUAUACAUAUAUACAUAAUUUUAUCUCUAAACACAUUCACGCUUUUAAUAAUCGUUAAAGAUCAUUGUACAUAUCUCAAACAUCAUUUUUUCGUCUAUUGAUACUAUAGGAAAAAACGUGCAUUCCUUUGCGUUACGUUAUAGCACCGUGACAUGUACAAAGUAAGCUUGAACUCGUACGAAUAAAAUAGUUGAAUGACCUCC